CAUUCCUAUCCUCACUCUUUUUUUUCUCUCCUCAUUAAGAUCAAUGGCUGUGGUAAACUCUCUUUCAACACCUUCUCUAAUUACAAAAUCAUCUUUUACUACAAGAACAAAAAGGCUGCCUGUCCACAGACAAGUGGUAUUUGCAAGUAUUCAUGAUAAUAUUUCAAACAUCUCAUCAUCAUCAUCAACAACAAUAACAUCAACCAAUCCGUGUCAAAUCAAAUUAACUUCGAAAAAUGAGCUUAAGGUAUUUGAAGAUAAGUCAACGGGUGUAGUUUGUUAUAGAGAUGAAUAUGGAGAAAUCACAUGUGAAGGAUAUGAUGAAGGCCCUCGUUUUUGUCACCAACCCCCAAAGUCUCCUUCUAAAUCAAGAGAUGAAGAGAUUGUAGAGCUCCUCCAAAGAUUUUGGCUUCAUAUAGCUGAUGAUGCUGUGGAAUGAAGAGACUUUGUGCAUUCUUAACGGGCUAAUAAUCGACUCGAUUAUAUAUGGUUCAAGUUCAAGCUAAUUAGAUAUUGUUAUAUGAAUAAUAUGUAUUUAUUUUGUUUUAUUCAGACUCAUGAUAGCUGUCAUUGUAAAUAAGGAAUGAUAUUGACUUGCCUUUUAUUUUCUUA